GUUUACCUCUCCCAGCAGCUCCUCUCUUUCCAACUGCCGCCUGACAAUGGGUAUAUCCCGGAAUAACUGGCAUAAGCGUCGCAAGACUGGAGGUAAAAGGAAGCCAUACCAUAAAAAAAGGAAGUAUGAACUCGGACGUCCUCCUGCAAAUACCAAGAUUGGGCCACGUCGUAUCCACACAGUGAGAGUCCGUGGUGGGAAUAAAAAAUAUCGGGCAUUGAGGUUGGAUGCUGGAAACUACUCCUGGGGUUCUGAGUGUUGUACACGAAAGACCAGGAUCAUUGAUGUAGUGUACAAUGCCUCCAACAAUGAAUUGGGCAGGACAAAAACAUUAGUAAAGAACUGUAUUGUUCAGAUUGACAGCACUCCUUUCAGGCAGUGGUAUGAAUCUCACUUUGCCAUUCCUCUUGUUCGGAAGAAGGGUGCCAAGCUGACACCUGAAGAGGAAGAAAUUCUGAACAAGAAGAGGUCAAAGAAAAUUCAGAAGAAAUAUGAAAACCGAAGAAAGAAUGCAAAAAUCAACUCGUUGCUAGAAGAACAAUUCCAGCAGGGGAAAUUGCUUGCUUGCAUAGCUUCAAGACCUGGUCAGUGUGGCAGAGCUGAUGGCUACAUUCUUGAAGGAAAAGAGCUUGAAUUCUACCUGAGGAAAAUCAAAGCCAAAAAGGGCAAAUAGACAUUGUUUGCUGAAAAUGUGAUACUAAUAAAACAAUUUUCAACUAUUAAAAAAAAAUAAUAA